AUGUCCGACGCCGGCCCCAAAAAUUUAUUCUCGAAGCUCCCGAGAGAGCUUUUUUACGAUAUUGUUACGUUAGCAACGAGUCCUAUCGGCAAGUACGAGUUGGAACUCGAUCCAGAUCUUCAUGUCCGCGCCGACGGUGGAAAAAUGUCGUUGUCCAAGGCAUUUCUUGCCGGAUCAGAUCAAUCAAUAAUUAUAUCGACUCGGCUGGCUAUUCUUUUAACGUGCAAAGAAUGGUAUGCGGCCUCCCUCCACAUCUUAUGGUCCCAUCUCUUGUUCGCGUCAUCAGCAAAGAAAGACACGGUAAUUGCCGUGUAUAAUGCUGUUAGAAGCAAAGCUUUGGUCGCUUCUUCUGUCCGGCGGUUGACGGUCCUGGCGACCACGGCAAAGGACUAUGAAGCUAAUGAGAGUCUGUGGAAGGAGUAUGCCGACGUUAUUCGCCUUCUUCCAAACAUGGAGAUACUCGUAUGUCCCCAUCGGUUGACCAUUAAUCUCACUAUCCCGAGCAAGCGGCUCCAAGUUGUUCACCUCCUCGGUUCCUUGACGUUGGGCAUGGCGUACACGACUGACCUUUUCGAGGACGGAUGGAAUAAUGUACGUGUGCUGACCCUUUGCGCAAAUAGGGUGAUAGCGGGACGAGGGCCAGAGGAGAUGAUCGAGUUUCCCAAUCUUACACAUCUAAGACUCGAUAUAUCAACAAUUCAAAACAUUUUACAUACUUCUACGAGGUGGGAGAUUCCAAACAUUCAGGUCCUCGCCCUCAAAAGUUCGAACUUUGAAGACUGGUUGCCAUUCAUGCGGCGGCACGGGUCAAAGUUGCGUCGCAUGGAGAUAUGCAACCCAAACCACGUUGACAUACCGCACGUGGCACGUUGGGGUACCGUGCAGUUCACGAGGCUUGUCUCGCUCUUUACAACGCCCGGUACUGUAGCACUGGACGACCUUGAUGCGCCCAAUUUAAGCUCUUUUGGUAUAUUCUAUAUACCUGGCGCUAGGAGUGAUGGUCUGGAAUCUUGUGUGGGACACGUCGACGAUGCUCUCGAACGAUACCCAAAGUUGAGGGCCGUUCAUCUUUUGGGAAAGGACUCGGAGCCAUUGAUUGGGGGGACGGAGCUGGCUUUGAACCAGCAUGUGCGCAGGUGGAUGAACCGUGGUGUUAUGCUAGAAGAAUGA